AUGAAAACGGAGCUAUACGUCCACGCGAGCGAGGGGAGCGUAUUCUAUUUUCGGAGGCGCAUUUCAGUUUCAGUGCGGUACCCGCGUGAGGGCGCGUCGGUCGUUGUUUCGUACACCGCUGAGUUACCGCCAUUUUUGGACGUUUUCGCGAUUCGAUCACGUCACUCCAGUUAUAAUAUUUCAAACGUCAUAAUGACAGUUGACGCGCACACGUCAGUGUCGGGAAUUAAUAUAAAAAGCUCACAGAACCGGCUGCUGAUCAAGAAUGGACGCGUCGUCAACGAUGAUGGCAUGGAGGAAGCUGACGUGUACGUCGAGGACGGGAUCAUCAAGCAAAUGGGUCGCAACCUCAUCAUCCCCGGUGGUACAAGGGUGAUCGACGCUACUGGAAAGCUGGUGAUGCCGGGCGGCAUCGAUCCCCACACCCACCUGGACCUAGAGAUGAUGGGAGCGAAGACAGCAGACGACUUUUACACCGGGACAAAGGCCGCAGUAGCCGGCGGCACCACCACCAUCAUCGAUUUCGUGCUGCCACAGAGAGGGCAGUCCCUGAUCGAAGCUUACAGCAAUUGGCGAGAGAAGGCUGACAAUAAGGUUUGCUGCGACUACGCUCUCCAUAUGGGCGUGACUUGGUGGUCGCCCUCAGUCGAGAGGGAGAUGGAGCAACUCUGCGGCGAAGAGUACGGCAUCAACUCGUUCAAGAUGUUCAUGGCAUACAAGGACGCUUGGAUGCUGGACGACUACCAUCUCUACCUCGCAAUGGAGACCUGCAAGCGAUUGGGGGCUCUUCCGCAGGUGCACGCGGAAAACGGCGACAUUAUCGCCCGCAACGUCGAGAAGCUUCUAGCAGCCGGAAAGACGGACCCUGAAGGGCACGAGCUGUCGCGGGACGAAGAGGUCGAGGCGGAGGCGGUUAACAGGGCCUGUGUAAUCGCCAACCAGGCCAACGCGCCGCUGUACAUCGUUCACGUGAUGUCCCGCGAAGCGCUGCGCGCGCUCGACUUUGCGCGCGCCCGCCAACGCCAGCCCGUGUACGCGGAGACGCUCGCCGCCACCGUCGGCACCGAUGGGUCUCACUGUAGGAAUGCGUGUUUCCGUCACGCGGCAGGCCACGUGAUGUCGCCGCCUCUGCGCUCCGACCCCAACACUCCUCAGGCCAUGGUCGAUGCACUAGCCAACGACUGUCUGCAGCUGGUGGGCAGCGAUCACUGCACGUUCCACGAGAAGGAUAAGGCAUUGGGCCAGGGGGACUUCACCAAAAUACCGAACGGAGUCAACGGUGUCGAGGAGCGCAUGGCCAUACUUUGGCAGAGGGGAGUCAAUACAGGCGCGCUGGACCCGUGCCGCUUCGUGGCGGCGACGAGCGCGUGCGCGGCGCGCGUGUUCGCGCUGUGGCCGCGCAAGGGCCGCGUGGCGGUGGGCUCCGACGCGGACCUCGUCGUGUGGGACCCGCGGCUGCAGCGCACCGUCUCCGCCGCCAACCACCACCACGCCCUGGACUUCAACAUAUUCGAGGGCCAAAGCGUGGUUGGCAGCCCUCAAUACGUGAUUGUCAACGGGCGCGUCUGUCUCGACGAUGGGGAUCUUAGAGUCGCCGAAGGCUACGGCAAGUUCCUGAAGACGCCGGUGUUCAGCCCCUACGUGUAUGGGGGCGAAGCCCCGAUGCCGCAAACGCCGGAGCCCUACCCGAGCUCCCCGAUGCCGGAGUCUCCGUCCAGGGUCACUAAUGGCACGCCCACCAAUGAACUGAACAUAGUGAGCAAGCAGAUGGCUGGCACCGCCCUCUCUUCGGGCUGCAGCACCCCUACCGGGAGGAAGAUGCGAGAGCCGGGACAGAGGGACCUCCAGAACUCCACUUUCUCCCUCAGCAAGGAAAUGGAGGGCGCUGACACCAAAACAUCUGUGCGUGUACGGAACCCGCCGGGAGGCAAAUCCUCCGGCCUCUGG